AUGCUGCCCAGCUUCCUCAGAUGCUUUCCCAACGUCGAGAGGCUGCAUCUUGAGUCCAACGAAACUGAGGAGCCCACCGGCAAGCUCAGCAACAAGUUCUGGCAGGAGGUCGGCGCUAUCGAAUGCAUGCAGUCGCACAUGAAGCUGAUGGUCUUCUACGGCUUCCGAGGGGAGCGGGGCGAGCUUUCCUUCCUCAAGUUCGUCCUGGAGAGCGCACGGAUCCUGACGAAGCUGGUGAUCGUGUUCACCAAGGGGAGCUUCAGCUCAAUGGCAGAGGGGAAGACAAGUGGCUGCUCAGCUUCAAAGCAGGGUCUGAUUUCUCUACAGGGGACCCAUUCACGCGCACCGCUGCUCUUCGUGGCUGCAACUUCUAAGGAGAAGCCGGGUGUUUGCGGAAGAUUGAAAAGAGGUUUUGAGUUCUCUACCAGGUGA